AUGGAAACCCACUCCCAGGCCAGUUCAGCAGCUGAGAAGAAGAAGAGGGUGGAGACCAUUGUGGCGACCAAAGGCUCAUCAGCACGCAAUGACAUCAGUGAGAAGGCAGUGGCCUCCAGCACCACCUCAAACGAAGAUGAGAGUUCAGGCACGCCUUACCACCGCGAGAGGCGCAAUGCUAUCAGCUCCCAGGCCCCGACGUCCGGUGCCCACGACAGGAACGUGAAUGAGGAGCCCUCAACCUCCACAGAGGACCGCCCCUCCCUGCUCAAGAAGGAGCUGCACAGUUCCCUGCCCCACCUGGCUGAGCAUGCCCUCCCAUACAGAGGCACUCUCUUCACCAUGGACCCCCGCAAUGGCUACCUAGACUCACACUAUGCCGCACCGCAGUUCUUCCCCACCUUCCAUCCUCCUGUGCCAAUCGACGACAGACAUACCCAGGGACGUUACAUCUACGAGCCUUCUCCUGUGCCCCCUCUUCACGUGCCUCCAGGGUUGGCGGGCAGUCCAGCUUUCUCCGACAUCUCCCUCAUCCGGAUCUCGCCCCAGCGGAACCCCUCUGUGGGGGCGGAGUCGCCCUUUCACCCCUCGCACCCCUACAUCAACCCAUACAUGGACUACAUCCGUUCGCUUCACAGCAGCCCCUCCAUCUCCGUUCUGUCAGCCACCCGGGGCCUCAGCCCUGCAGAUGCCCCUCACACAGGUCUGACCACAGCUGAGUACUACCACCAAAUGGCUCUGCUGGCAGGCCACCGGAGCCCUUACACGGCCGACCUGCUCCCCUCUGUGGCGUCCACGGCCGGCGCUACCAGUGCCAGCGCUCUGCACAUGGAGUACCUGCAGGCGAUGGAAAACUCUCGUUUCCCAAGCCCGAGGCUGCCAUCACGGCCCAGCAGGAAGCGCCCCCUGCCCAUCUCGCCCCUCUCUGAGCACAGCUUUGACUUGCAGACCAUGAUCCGCAACUCGCCCAAUUCUCUCGUCACCAUGCUCAACAACUCUCGCUCCAGCUCGUCCACCAGCGGCUCCUACGGUCACCUCUCUGCAGGAGCCAUCAGCCCAGCGUUAAGCUUCGCCUAUCCUCCGACCCCGGUGGCUUUGCACGUGCAUCAGCAGCUCAUUGGCCGCCAACCAGGCAUUGUGGGCUCUGCCUUUGGCCACAGUCCGCCAUUGAUCCACCCGACGCCGGCCUUCGCCACCCAGAGGCCCGUACCUGGCAUCCCCCCCUCUGGGCUCAGCGCCAGCGAGCGUUCGGCCGUCUCCAACGACUCCUCACAGAUCAAACCAACAAGUGAAUCUGCAGUGAGCAGCACAGGAGACCCGAUGCACCACAAACGCUCCAAAAUGAAACCAGAGGAAGAGUUGCCGAGCCCAGGAGCAGUGAGCGUACAGGAUCAUCCUGACGGCAUGACGAUGGUGAAGGAGGAAGGAGACAAGGAUGAGAGCAAACAGGAGCCGGAGGUGGUUUACGAGACAAACUGCCACUGGGAGAACUGUUGCCGCGAAUUUGACACGCAGGAGCAGCUAGUGCAACACAUCAACAAUGACCACAUUCACGGGGAGAAGAAGGAGUUCGUAUGUCGGUGGGAGGAAUGCUCAAGAGAGCAGAAGCCCUUUAAGGCACAGUAUAUGCUGGUGGUCCACAUGCGCAGGCAUACUGGGGAAAAACCACACAAGUGCACAUUUGAAGGCUGUGCCAAAGCCUACUCCCGUCUGGAAAAUCUUAAGACUCACUUGCGAUCCCACACAGGAGAGAAACCUUAUGUGUGUGAACAUGAAGGCUGCAACAAGGCCUUUUCCAACGCGUCAGACCGAGCGAAACAUCAGAAUCGCACACACUCAAAUGAGAAACCGUACGUGUGCAAAAUCCCAGGCUGCACCAAACGUUACACGGACCCCAGCUCCUUACGCAAACACGUUAAGACGGUGCAUGGGCCCGAGGCGCACGUCACCAAGAAACAGCGUGGAGAUUACCCACGCCCUCCUCCCCAGCCUCGGGAGCCUGGAGCCAACAGUCAGGGCCGAUCUCCAGGCCAACUGCCCCUCGGUGGGUAUACGGACCAAAGGGAGUACAACCACGCUACCUCAAAACAGGAUGAAUGUCUGCAGGUGAAGUCCAUCAAGACAGAGAAACCCAUGACGUCUCAGCCAAGCCCUGGCGGUCAGUCUACAUGCAGCAGUGACCAGUCCCCCAUCAGCACCUAUCCCAGCAGUGGAGUCCAGCUUGCUGUGAGCGCCGGACGCUCGCCAGGGGAGGGGCUGGAGGAGGACGAUGAGAAAGAGGAAAUCGAAGAGGAGGCAGAGGAGGAGUGUGAGGGUGAGCCAGCCCCCAUAAUGGACUCCACAGUCUCCACGGCAACUGCAGCCAUGCUGACCCUGCAGGCGAGGCGAUGUGUUGGCCGCCCCAUGCGCUGGAUGGAGCACAUCAAGAUGGAGAGGCUGAAGCAGGUGAAUGGAGCGCUGCCCAGGCUGGGGCCCCUGUCCCCAACACCGCCCCCCAAAGUGUCCACACUACCCAACAUCCUGGGGAAGGGAUCCUGUCUAGGCAGGCAAUGGGGGGUGUCUGCUCCUCAGCCACCUGCUCAUGCUGAGCUGGGUAGCACAGAGCUAACAGUGCUCAACUUGCUCCUAGACCGGCGUGACAGCAGCGGUAGCGCCACCAGCUCAGCCUACCUGAGCAGCAGCCGGCGCUCCUCAGGCAUCUCCCCCUGCUUCUCCAGCCGACGCUCCAGCCAGACUUCCCAGAGUGAGGGUAUGGCAGCCCACCACCGCCGCCUCCACAACCUAAGUUCCACCGACUCAUACGACCCCAUCUCCACUGACGCCUCCCGCCGGUCCAGUGAGGCUAGCCAGUAUGGAGGUGGGACAGGAGGAUGGAGUGGAGUGAUACCCCCCGGUGGGAGCUGUGGAGGUGUAGGAAUAAGCAUAGGAGGAGGAGGGGUGACACGGGGGAUGCUCAGUUUAACCCCAGCACAGCAUUACCACCUGAAAGCCAAGUAUGCAGCAGCAACUGGUGGCCCACCACCCACGCCUCUACCCAACAUGGAGCGCAUGAGCUCGAAAACUCACAUGGGCAUGAUGGAUGACGGUGGCAGUAACCACUCACUGCCACCUCUAGUCAGGCCACACCGCUGCAGUGAAGGCACCAACGGGUACACCAAUGGGUAUAUGGGACAUGCAGGUUACAGGAGGAGGGUCCUCUAUCCUGGCGAGGGACCACUGAAUGGGAACCGGAGGGCCAGUGACCCAGUGCGGACGCAGGCUCCUGACAAUUGCAGUCUGCCCCCAGUGCAACGCUUCAACAGUCUUAACAACCUCCACCCUCUUCCACCUCUGUCUCAUCAUUCUACACCUGAAAUUCGCAACUUUAGCCUACAGAACUACACUCGCUCCGAGGGCAACCUGCAGAGAGGCCUACAGCACUCACCGCACACUCCCAGCAUCGCAGAACACGCAGCCUUAGAAGCUCUGGCUAUGGAGGAUGAUGGGGAGGCGAGCCUGUUGCUUGGGGAUGAGGACAUGCUACCAGAUGACCUGGUACAAUAUCUCCACUCACAGGUCCAGACAGAUGGCGGCUCCUAUAUGCACAUUGAGGACCAAAUAGUUUCUAGCCAAAGGGAUACCUCCCAUCCAUCUAUGGAGGUGAAUGAGCAGACUUCAGGGCUAAACUUGGCCUUCCGUGGGUCCCACAACCUCCAGCAGCAGCAGAUACUGGCAAGGAAGAGUCCUAGUAAGCUUCCCAUCCAGUGGAAUGAAGUGAGCUCCGGGAGUGCUGACAGAUCUCCACAGAGGGAACAGAACCACCAAACACAAUGUGGAAGGUGGUCAGGUACAGAACAUGGACCCACAUCUGAACCUUUUGGCAGGUUUGGAAACAUGGUGGUUCAGCAGCAAGUGCCCCUUGAUUUUCAGAACAGUUGUGCUCAAGCUAACCAGUCUCAAAAUGCUUGCAGUGUCAACGCUGCAGUGAAGCUAGAGACAUCACCAAACUCCUGCGCAGAGAUGAGAGUAUCUGGUCACAACUCUAUAAACACCUUCGGCAGGUCUCAAUUCUCCCAAAUAAUUGAUGGGCCUCUUCCGCAGGGCUUCAAACAGCAGGGCUCCAGUGGACCUCAAAAACAGAGCCACUUUCAGCAGAACCACAACAGUAGCACCUCCUGCCAGGUUGGGAACAACCUAAUCCUAAGUAGGACCGCCAUGGAAAACCUCCCCAGCCUCUCCCAGGGAACUGGUCUUCAUCACAAUCGACAAGUCCAUGUCCCUCGCCCACCAAUCAGCGGUUACAGGAACUUGGUCAGGACCCAGCAAUAUCAUAAUCCAGAGAGCUGCAAUGGAAUCCAGGCUAGUCUCAAUCAGCAGCAACAACAGCAGAGGAAUGGGAACCACUGUUCCCUUGCACAUCAGGUAUCUGGGCUGAAACUGGAGGCCCCAGACCAUGGAUACUUAGAGCAUGGCUUCAGUGAUCGCAUUCCCUUUGAGUCAGGAGAUCCCAAGGCCUCCUCGUUCUCCGUCCUGGAAGACCAGUGCUUGCUAGACUCCAUGGCUGCAUCUGUGGGACAAGAUAGUGGCAGCGGGGACCCUGUUGCGCUUCUCUCUCCUGGUUCAGACCAGGUGACCAGCACAGUGGAUGGCACUGUGGCCGGUGUAUUGGACGAUGGGGUAAGUCUGGACUUUGGUGCCAUGCUGGAGGAUGGCUAUGACCAGGGUAGCCUGGUCUCAGGGGUGUUGAGUCCCUCGAUCUUCCAGGGUCUGUCCAGGACCUCAUCACGGCUGACAACCCCUCGAGCAUCUGCGAACUUCCAUAGUGUGGCCCCUGGCCUAAACAACAUGGCUAUUGGAGACAUGAGCUCUCUCCUCACCACCCUUGCUGAGGAGAGCAAGUUCCUGGCUAUCAUGCAGUAG